GUCCACCCCGCAUCAGUGUUACUUCUCACCUGGCUGUAAUGUCUGCUAGCCAUGGAGCAGCAAGGGGCGUCGACCAGCACCGUCAGCAGCAUUCAAAUUCCAGGCGUACCCUCGGAUGCGUCCGCAUUGAACUCUCUGAGAAAUAUUUUUCGGCGACAAGAAAUCCAGAAGGGACCGAGAUCUGCAACAAAGCCUCGAAAAGCCGAAGUUCGAUCGACAGUGGGCGUAACCAGGCCCACAUCUGUUAGCUCAAGGGCGCCGCUAUCAAAGGCGCAAACCGCAAAGAAGUCUGCCUCUCCUGAUGCACAAUCGAAUCCCCAAACAAUCGAGCUACAGACCAAUGCCGCACCGGUGGAGUUGUCUGCCACGCAAUCCGAGGCCAUUAUUCAGCAGUCUUUAUCGGCACCCAACGGAGUUGAACCACGUCCAGUGCCCGACUUAAUCACGAGAAAUGACAGAAUAAAACGAAUUCUAGACAGGGUGAACUGGACCAAAUUGCGCGGAGACACCGUCCAAGAGGUGGUUACAUUUCGUGGACUUGAAGAUGCAGAGACCAAAUUCCAAGAAUUCGAGUCAUUCAUCAGGGCCGAGGGCAAGUACCUGGGCCUUCCAGAGGGCUGCAAGCCAUUCGAAAGAGUCUUGAUCCAGGGCAGUAAGGCGGGUUCCAAACCGUGUCCUUAUAUACGAUUCACCAACUUUCGCACCGAAGAAGAUGUGAGGAAAUACCAUGCGGCCCUGUCCAAGAGAAAGGUCAAAUGCCAGUACCACCCGCCUCUACGUCUCUGCUAUGAGAUUCAAAAACUCAACUUCCACGCAGCGAGCGCCGAUUCUAAUUUCGAAGGAGAUCCCGGUGGAACUCUUUGCGGAAAGACUGCUGUGGUCGAGGAUGGCGGCACUCGGCGACUUGUCACCAUCGGUGGACUCAUUAGAGUUGACAACAAGCUAUACGCCAUGACGGCUGGACACGACACAACAGCUGACAGGCAAUUACAAAGUAUCUCAGAAUCCGAGUCUUCUUUUGGCGCUUCCACCGAUGAUACAGAGUACGAUGAUGAUAUAGAAUCCGCAUUAAUAUGCGGUGGACCAAGUACGGCUUCGGACGAUGGGCGGCAGCCACAUCAAGACAGCCGAGCUGAUGAACACCGAACUAAGCCGGGAUCUGCUACGUUGACCUUUCAUGGAUCCAGUAUGUCCGGAGACGACUGGUCGCUUCACCUGAUUGAGGAUCCUCUACUGGCGUUGCCUAAUUCAUUCUCGAGGAUGGAUGGUGUCUCCAUAGGAUUCAUGACGUAUCCUGCCAGUCAGCCCGUCAAUAGCACCACAGAGGCCUGGCUUCUCGCUGGUGUCAGUGGUCCUCGCGUUGUCGACAUGCUGCCAGGGGUCGUGAGCUUUCCCCUACCAUCAGGUAAUUGGGUCAGCGCCUGGAAGGUCGCGCUCAAUCAUAGAGCGGCUCAGGACCCUCUAUCUCACCAAUCGUCGGCUUUACAACACGGUGAUUCAGGCUCCUGGGUUGUUGAUCGCCUAAAUGGAAACGUUUUUGGACAUGUGAUCGCCAGCAACGAUACUACAGCAUUCCUGAUUCCACUAAUACACACUCUCGACUCCAUCUCGCGACAGGCAAAGUUGAAAAGCACUGGAGAGAUCAUUGCACUCCCGCCCGCUUUCGAUAUGUUGGCAGACCUUGCUCGCUUAUAUCACAACAAAUUCGGACAGGUAAACCAGGGUCGUGCCAAAAUGUUCGCCUCACUGGCGUUGAACUCCGCCUCAACAAUGUCUCCAGCCUCGGAAGUUGCGCCAAUCAUCGACUCGUUCCUCAGAUCGCAUGGGAAUUCUCCGACAAUCAAGAUUGUUCUCAUGAACCUACUGAUGCGCACUGGGGCCGAUUUGAAAGGCAAUCUAGCAUCUUUGUUCCGCAAUGAAAAUAAAGAGAGUCUCUCAAAGGUCAUCGAAGACAGCGCACCUAUAGGAAGACAAGUCGCAGAGGCAGCGAUACGGAAUCUGACCAUUGCAUUUGGCAAUCCUCCUGAGUUCUUCGGCAUCCAGGAGACACCAUGGGGGAAGCGCCUUCUCCUGUCCGGAGGGAAGACACCCGAUUCGAAAGAGGAGUCGAGUCGCAAGAAGCCGGGAAGCGAGUCAACCUUGGUUCAGGACAUGUCUGGAGCGUUGCGGCACUCAACCAAUGAUUUUGUCUACAAGAACGAUUGGGUGUCCAAUACUAAGCCUACGGCUUUCCCUCAAAUUCCUGGUGAGGAGCAGCGUGAAAAGCACAAACCCGUGCUAGAUCUGCCACUACAUCCUAUUAGCUCUGCGCUGGACAGACCGCAACCGCAGACUGAGGAUCAAUCUCCGGCUGUGAUUGAGAGACAAUCACAACUGCCGCCCAGAGGAUUAAAUAAGGCCAAGAUUUGUGGCUUGCCUGCAUUGGCUUUUGCAGGUAUAACCACUAUCAUUGCUGCCCUGGUAGCCGCAAUUAGUGUUCUGGGCGCCUUCCUGGGCGUAGAGAUACAGCAGAACAAGAGCCUCCAAGCAAGGGUCUCAGAAUUGGCCGAUUCUGUACCAGGUUGCCAGACUACGGUAAUUACGUCGACAAUUUCAGUGACAGAAACAGCAAGUACAACAACCAGCUCGAGCACUACAACAAAUGCCACUAGCAACAGUGGUUUGUCAACGGGUGCUAGAGUUGGCAUUGGCGUUGGGGUUGGAAUUGGAGUACUCUUCCUCGUUCUGGUUGUUGGUUUUUUUUUCUUUUGGAGAAGGGCAAAGCUUCGCAAGACCGUUCCUGAAUCGCCCAAAUACUCAAUGUGGGACUCGACCAUGAACACAUAUUCGUAUCCGGCACCACCGCGUCUCAUGGAAGGACCUCAGAGCGUAUCUGCACCUCCAGUCGAGAUGGACGCAAGUUAUCACCCCACGCGAGAUCCCGGCACUCAGGUUCGGACAGCCUCUCACGGUGUGUUGUCAGGAUUAUCGAUGCCACGUAGCCCUGAACAGGUACCGCCAUCAGCUAGGGUGGCGGACGUACUUCAGCUGCCAGACCUGAAUGUGGGCCUCUACUCAAGAUAAUGAUAAAUAGUUCAAUCGAUAGGCGAAGCUGUAAUGUUAGAACAGGAGAGCACACGGGUCGUAUUAGCAAAUCGCAGUCAAAUGCCCUCCCCAGGGCCGUCUCUCUUCUGUUCCAUCUCACUUAUAGUGAAUGGUCUUAAACUAGUGGCUAAUGCUAACAGAUACUACUGCAAACAGUGGCUG